GGCAUCGUGCCGCGCGAGCCCAGCGUGCUGUUUACUCUGGGCCGCGUGCACAAGCGCCUGGGGGACCCCGACAGCGCCCUCGCGGCCCUCAACGGCGCCCUGGACCUCGCGCCCAGCAGCGCGGACGCGGCCGCCAUCAAGGCCGCCAUAGACCGCCUGCACGCCGCGGACGACGCCGAGGAGGAAGGCGUGUGA